AUGUUUGCACGAUUAAAAGCGGCCAGAAGCAGCCUUUUCGAGCGCACGCUUGUGCAGUCGCAGCGGACCAUAAUCAUGGGCCGCCCCCGUCCUUUCGCUCAGAAGAGAAAGCCAACCGUUCCAAGGGAGGAGCGCGCAAAGAAAUCCAAAAGAAUUGUCCAAUUGGUAAAGGAAGCGAUCGAGAACGACGAGCCACAUUUCACCGUGGGUGCGAAGAAGCUGUAUUUCCCAUCGGCGAGAGUCACUCUAUUACGUCCCAACGCGAAACAGACUCCAUACCAGGCCAAGUUUCUGGUUCCUAAGUCUUUUAACAAGCUGGACCUGAGAGACUACUUGUACCAUCUGUACGGCCUGCGAGUUUUGAAUGUGACCGUCGCUUUGACGCCAGCAAAAUGGGACUAUCCGAUGGGUAUGCAAUUCAGUUCUAGACGCAGACUGCCGCAAAAGAAGAAAAUGACUGUGGAUCUGAUCGACCCAUUUGUGUGGCCCGAAGAAACAGAGUUCUUCAAGCAGCAGGCCGAUUUCAUUGAACAGAGGGACGCAUACCAAACGGAAAAGAGCACAGCUGUUGGGUCGGACAAGCUCAAGCCUUCCAAGGCUUUCGGAGGCAUCAUAGACAGACAUCCGCAGCCGAUGAACUUUGUCCCUAAAACCGUCGAGAGACAGAUGAGAAACCUCAAAGAGAAGGCCAGUCUCCAGGAGAAAGAGUUCAGAACAGAAGAAUUCAUUUCCCAACAUAUCCAGCUAUAA